UCAUUUUACAUUUGCGGCCCCCUCUCCUCUUCAUUCUACAAGACAAAAAUCGAUUCCUGCUUUCUCUGUUCGGCGUCUCCGCCGUUCGGUCUCUCCGUCAUCGCCUUGCUAGUGUCCGUCUCAGGUCUCUUCCGUUAUUCGAUUUCCGAGUCUCCUCCGUCUCCGCCUUGCGAGUGUCAGACUCUCAACCUCACUCAGGAGAAAUCGAAGAUCAUAACGGCAAUUGAUCUCGGAGACAUGGACGAAGUAGCAGAAGCAGUGGAGAAGACGAAGAGAGAAUGGGAAGACACGUACGAGAAGACGAUCGGGCACAUCAAGGCGAUACAAGAGUACGACAGAUCCAGAAGGGGAGGAGACGGCGAUGGAGGGAAGAUUUCGCUGCAGAGGCUCAAUGGAUUGGCUCAGGACGGUUUCUCUCUCCUCGAUUCUCUGCAAUUCAACUUGGAUCUUCUCGCUCCUCAACUUCCUUCCGAUGAUCAGGUUCAAUCUACCCAGUCGCUGCUCGAUUCAUGGAGGAAUCGAUACAACAGUUUACGGAUACAUCUUAGAAAUGCUAACUUGCAAGCAAAGGAUAACAAAAGGAAAGCUGCUCAGGAAGAGAGAGAGCUUCUUCUGGGUGGCGGAACGGAGUCCACAGUUCGCAGACGUAACCUACAGACAAAGGCUGGCAUGACAUCAGCUGCUGAAAGCAUCAGUGAAAGUCUCCGGCGGACACGACAGCUGAUGGUUCAGGAGGUCGAAAGAAGUACAAACACACUCAUGCUUUCUGAGGAAUCUACCGGAGUACUUAGAAAGGCUGAGAGUGAAUACAAGGGACAUCGGUCAUUGUUGUCGAGGACCAGGAAUCUACUUUCGACAAUGCAACGCCAAGAUGUAAUCGACAGGUUAAUUCUUGCAGUUGGAUUUCUCCUUUUCUCUUGUGCUGUCCUAUAUGUUGUUUCCAAGCGUAUUGGAAUCCUGAAACUACAAAGAAUGGCUACCGCCACCAUAAAAGCUGGAAUGGCUGGAAAAGCAGCUAAUGGAGCAGGAGGGUUAGGAGAUGAUUGUAGAGGAAAGAAAGAAACAGGUAAAGAAGAGGAGAGGAGGACCGGUAGCUGCUCGUUCGCGGUCAGGCUAAGAGCCAGAAGUUCUUGUGGGUCUAGGUGUUGAGAAUGUAGCCUCGUUCUGGCCCUUCUUCUGCACACCAACACAGUUAUCAGUUUCAUGGUAUGGAAAGAGACAUUGAAUCACGAUGAUGAGGAUCCACCCGAUGAAUUGAAGGAUACGGAAGGAGAAGAAGACGAGAGGAAGCUCGGUAAUCUGAGGAAAUUCGAGAAAGUGUUCUUCCACGAUGUGGGCGUCCUGUUCGAACAUGGCGUGCGAGAGAGCAGCCAUCGAUUCCCGAGACGGUUUUUUUUUCUAAUGGAUUGGAGAAAGAUCAGAAAUUUCAGGACAUAGAUCACAUCACGAUUCGCUGUCACACCGUUUGUUUGGUGUUUUGUUAAUUUUAGGAGACCAAUUUCGACAAAAUCUUUUAAAAAAAAAUUCAAGAGCAUUUCCAAAUGCAGGAAACUACUCAUA